AUGCAGCGUUUUGGCAAAGGCGGUGUCCGCAGUGACCUCCUCGGCUUGGCAUACCUCCAGGCCAGUCCAGUGUAUUUUCCCAUGUACACCAUUGACUUGGCGGCGGUCUUGCAGAUGGUGAAAAUCCAGCCGCACGAAGAGCUGCUGGCAGACGGAGCCCUCACUCUGUUCGACGAGAACACGGGGCGCGCAGCUUUUGUUUCCCACCAGUGGGUGGCCAAGCAUCAUCCAGAUCCAGAUCACAGGCAAUUCCGAGUCUUGCAAGAUGCCUUGCGAAAUAUCUUGUCGGGGGUCACGCAGAUUAGUGUGGACGUGGUCACCGAGAUCAUCUUCGGUAAAUCCCCCAAAACGGCAGCGCAGCAUUUGGAUCCAGCGGAUUUGUACAUCUGGUACGAUUAUUUUUCCUGUCCGCAGCAUGAGCACCAGCGACACGGUGAACUGGCAAAAGCCAUUAACAGCAUCCCUGCGUACGUCGCCAAGUGUCAGGUGAUGUUUGUGCUCUGCCCAGUCAUUGAAAGCUGCGAUAACGAUACCACGGCACUCUUAAGUCCUUCGAGUUGGGCUGGUCGUGGGUGGUGCAGACUCGAGAGGCUUGUCAAAGAGUGUUCCGGAGAUGGCUCCUUCCUCAUGGUGAAGAGUGCCAGGCAUGUAGAGCUGGUCGUAUCAUCCUUUGCAGCUUCCUGUGAGAGCUCUCCAGGUGAAGGUUGCUUCACCAUGGAAGAGGAUCGCUCAAAAAUCGCUCCAGUGGUUAAACAGGUGCUGAAGCAGAAAGUGACACAGUGCCUGCAGAAUGGAGAUUUGGCCGGCUACCGUGUCGUGCUCAACACACAAGCAAUCUUUUGCAGAGGCCUUCCGAUGGAGACAAUCACAGAUGUUGUCCCAGGCUUCGAUUCCUCUCAGCAUGAGUCUGAUGAUGCUGGGUCGCUCUUGGUUGCGCGGUUCUUAUUCCAGAAUGGUUUUUCCCAGGUGUGUGAGUAUGAUGCAAUGGGAUGGUCACCGAUCUGCUACGCCGCUCUUAAUGGGAAUGCAGCGUUGGUGAAAGCUCUGCUGGAAAGGCGUGCCAACCCGAACGAUGAAACCAAGAAGGGGCAGCCGCUGCUGGCUUUGUCGAGGAAGGCUUGCGUGCUCGCCAUUUCCGCUCUCUUCCAGAAUAAUGAUGUUGUGAUGGUGCUGCUUGCGGCGAGUGCCGAUGUCAAUCCCAGAGGUACGAAUCUUCCGAUGUGCCUUGCAUGCUUUGGGAACAAUGCUAUCGGCAUACAGCUGCUCUGUCAAGCCCGAGCAAACAUUCAUGGCAAGAAUCUUCUCGGUAUGUCUCCACUGCAGCAUGCUUGCGCAACAGGUGCAUGUGAUGCAGUGGAUAUGCUCCUGAAACUGGGAGAAGGUAGCCUUGAUUUGACAGGCUCUCUGCAUGCAGCCACUCUUAUACAGGGAGGCACAGAGACGAUGGUUGCCAAGUUGAUUCACGCCAGGGCCGAUGUGAACGAGCAGUUGAGCCCCAAGCCUUUGACCAUGUUGGGGCUGUUCUGCUAUAUGAAAGGCCUGGAAUUCCGUUGGAGACGUCCAACCAGAUUGCGCACCUUCGGCUAUCACCAUCAUGGGGCAACCCCGCUAAUGGUUGCGUUGCUGGUCGGGCACUUCGAGGCAGCAUCUCCUCUUAUUUCUUUUGGUGCUAGCCUGGACACACCGAAUUCCAGAGGAAUUACGGCGGCGGAUCUUAUUCGUGAUGUGUCCACGCCAGAACUGCUGAAGGAUGCAGUGUCUAGCCAGCUGGCACUCUCCGCUGUGGCGGAGUCUCCGACAUUUUCGAUAUGA